AUGGCCCUGGGACAGAGGCUGUUCAUCACUAUGUCCCGGGGAGCAGGACGUGUUCAGGGCACGCUGCAGGCUCUCGUCUUCUUAGGCGUCCUAGUGGGCAUGGUGGUGCCCUCACCUGCUGGCGCCCGCGCCAACGGCACGCUACUGGACUCCAGAGGCUGGGGCACCCUCUUGUCCAAGUCUCGAGCUGGGCUAGCUGGAGAGAUUUCGGGUGUGAAUUGGGAAAGUGGCUAUUUGGUGGGCAUCAAACGGCAGCGGAGACUCUACUGCAACGUGGGCAUUGGCUUCCACCUCCAGGUGCCCCCCGACGGCCGGAUCAGUGGGACGCACGAGGAGAACCCCUACAGCCUGCUGGAAAUUUCCACGGUAGAACGGGGUGUGGUAAGCCUCUUUGGUGUGAAAAGCGCCCUCUUCGUUGCCAUGAAUAGUAAAGGAAGGCUAUACACAACGCCCAGCUUCCAAGAGGAAUGCAAGUUCAGAGAGACCCUCCUCCCAAACAAUUACAACGCCUACGAGUCAGACCUGUACAGAGGGACCUACAUUGCACUGAGCAAAUAUGGACGGGUAAAGCGGGGCAGCAAGGUCUCCCCAAUCAUGACUGUCACUCACUUCCUCCCCAGGAUAUAAGGACCCAAGGAUGAAGGCUCACACACAGGCUGGCAGCAGCAUCUUUUCUGUUGGAAUCUUACAUAAGAGAACAGUUAUGCUCGUGCCCUGUGACUUCUGAGUCUGGCUCAUCUCGUGCCGGAAGAGAUGAAUUGGUUUCCUUGGCCACUGGACAGCACGGCCUGUAACCCACAUGGCUGAGAGGGUUGCAGUUGACAUCCCAGAAUGGAUCCUGUGCUUUUACCUCACCGGAGAAGAGACAGUACAGAUGAUAUUUGAGGCAUGUGGCCUUGUGCAUAAGUA